AUGGCCUCUCACCCUCACCACCAUCACCACUGCGAAAACCAUUUCUCCGUCCCCACCACCACCAUUUGCUGCUGUUUCAUCCAACCUCACCACCCUUCACCACCACCAACACCACAAUUAUCUACUGACCCACUUCUCCAGUCCCUCAUUUCUCUCCUACAUCAUCAGCAGCAGCAGCAAGAGCAACAACACCACCAACCCCAUCUCUUCUCUCCUUGUCUUAACAAGCCAAACUGCCACAAAAAAAAUCAUCACCAAAAGCCAAACUUUUCCCCGCAAAAGCUACAUUUUCAACAAGAAGAUGACCCUCAACAAACCCAAUUUGUUCUCUCUUCUCUUCUUCAACGAAUCAACACUCUUGAAUCCUCACUUCACCAUUUUUCUACUUAUUAUCCUAAUAACCAUAACUACUAUCCUUCACAUUCUCUCAGAGACACAGCUGCACGUGUUAUUCAAACUCGUUUUCGUGCCUUUCUUGUUCACAGAUCAAGAACCCUAAGGCAGCUCAAGGAGUUUGCUUUUAUCAAAUCCAGUUUUAACACUCUCAAAUCUUCCAUUUCUACUAAAUCCCAUUUUGAUUUUGAGGUUGUGUCUCAUAAAGCCAUGGACUUGCUGCUUAAACUUGACUCCAUUCAGGGUGGUGAUCCUAUGAUCAGAGAUGGGAAAAGGUCAGUUACUAGAGAUUUGGUAAGGUUUUUGGAGUUCAUUGAUGGGUUUGCAGUUAAAAGGCAUGAACUUUCGUAUAAAUCUGCUAGGAAUGUGAGGUUUUUAGGGAAUAGUAACAGAGCUAGGAAUUUGAAUGCCAAGAAUGGUAAUGGUGGUUAUGGAAAUUUGAGUGAGAAUCAGAAGGAAAUAGUGGAGAAAUUGAGGAAAAGAGUUGAAAAGAUUAGUGGGUUUUCAAGGGUUUGUGAAAACGAUCAAGAAGAUGUUGAGCUUGAAGGGUUUCAGCAAUUCAUUGUUGAUGAUGAGGGAGAGGUAAACAGAAAAGUUUCUGUUAACAGAAAGCAUGAUAUUUUGUUGAAAAAACGUGGUGGUCAACCUAGAGUGAAGAAAACUGUUAGUUUUAAUGAAAAUGGGAAUGUUUAUAGGGUUAUUAGUGACACCGAUGACUCAGUCCUAAAUGGAGAUGGUAGUUUCACUGAUGGGAGUGAUUCCAGUGAUGAUAGUGGGGAGGCUGUGGAGGGUCAUUUUGCUGAAGGUGAGGAAAGAAAAGGAUUUUCUAAGGGUGCUGAGAAUGACGAGGAAGCUCUUUUGAAGAAUGGUGGAUCAGCACAGAGCAGUGAUAGUGAGAGGAAUCCUAGAAGGAAUCUGAGAAAUGGUGGUGAUUUUGAAAGUAAUGGGUAUUGCCUGGAUCAAAAUGGGAGUUUAGUUUUCUCUGCUCCAGUGCCUGUGAAGAUGGAAUCAAGAGCUGAUUUGAUGAAGAAAAGAAAGGCUGUGAAAAUUGUCACGUAG